UGACAGUUUUAAAGAAUUGCCGUUGAGUAGUUUUGUCAUUUAAAAAAUAAAGUAUGAAAGGAAGUCUACAACGUCGCAAACCGAGUUAUGUGAUUGCCGACUUGCACCGUCGAAAUAGGAAAGACUUGAUAAACAAGUAAAAUAAUUCCGAUACAAUCUUGACUCAUUACUUGAUUUUUCCUAUCAUACCUAUACCAUUUACUUACAUUAAGUCGCUUUCACAGCACUGCCUCGCGCUCUGCGACGCCCAAUCGCUAUUGCCCCCUAUCCUCCUAGAGAUCAUCAGGCAAUUGGCACUUUCUGAUCUCCUCCUCCACCCCUUGUCGCCAACCUUUCACAGGAAGUCCACGCCGUUGCUUCGUUUGCGUUAUAUUAUAUCUUGCGUUUUCCCGAUAGUAGUGUUGAAGACAGCAGAAACUUUAAAUUGAUGUCAAUAAAUUUUACUUGACAUCUAUUAUUUGGGAUAUCAUUUUAUUUUAUGCGACAAAUGUUUAUAUUUUUAGCUUUGCAGCUCAUAUUUACAUGGAUAUAUUUCUGUUUUCCAUUAGGCACCAUAUACUUCAUAGCUUCCCUCUAUUAAUAAGUUCAAGUUGUCACUCAUCGAUUAAACUUCCUUUUCCUCCCAUAAAUCGUCGCUUAAAUUAGGAUUAUUCAUGAUCAUACCUCGCUUAUCCAACACCUCGUGUUGGAAUUUUCAGCUUGUUUCUAAAUUGAUUUUUUUUUAUAUAUGUGAAAUUUUUCAAUUGAUAUUUUGUUCUAGUUGCAGUGAGUCACCCUUUAUACAUCAAAAAACUAAUUUAUUUUCUGGCGUUUAGUACUUUGUGUUUUACCUUUUCAGAUUUUUUUUUUUUUCUCCUUUUAUUUCAAUAAUUAUUGUUUUACGUGGCCUUCAGCCGAACUCAUCGCCCUUUUAUUGUUAUGCACGAAUCUUUUCAAAUCUGACGUCGUGGGCAAUGUCUUUUAAGCAAGUGUGAGAUGAGAUAGACAGAUAAGAAACGUAAUUACUUACCAUCAUUAAUAAUCCAUUUUUAUUUCUUGUCUGAUAAGGCUUCAACGCUUACUCCUUUUUUUUAUCUCCUUAAAAGCUUUUGUCAAUCUCGUCGGAGCCUCGGCCCGAUCGCAUCUCCUUGUUCUGGCUUUACAACUGCACUCCCGUAUGGAUUCUUGGAUUUUUGGACACUCGGACGUCAAAGGUGCUACUUUGAGUCAACCUUUGGUGAGGAUUUUUGUUUGAUCAUCAUGCUCUCUAUAACAUCCUGGAUGUGUGUGUUGGUUCGAGUACCUUCCACUCUUUCUCAGGUGUUUUCAGUUCCUGCUCAUCUGGAGGCCCCCACGCCGAACCCACUUGACAGGCCAAAGCUUAUUAUUUUGAAAACAGAUCAUUUGGUGUGGCCGUUCUGGGUGGAUAUGAAAGUGACCCCACUUUUCAAGAAAGAGGAGAACGGUGUUGUAACCGAUGAUAAGGGUGCGGUGCUGAAACCUUACCCCGAGGUGUCUGAAAUCCUGAAGAAAUUAACAGAGGAGAAUAUCAUGCUGGCCGUAGGUUUCCGAUCCGAUUUUAAAGAAAAGACGGAAACUUUGCUGAAGUAUUUCGACUUCAGGCGAUACUUCAAAUACGUCAUCGCCCGGGCUCGCUUCAAGCGAUUCUCCUUUGAGUCUCCUUUUAAAAUUCGAAUAUAUAUCUUGCAAUUCUUUGCAUGGAAAUUUUUCAAGUUUUUUUUUUUUUUUUUUUUUUUUUUUUUUUUUUUUUUUAUAUAA